AUGAACUUCACCAAGACUGAAUCUCUGCCUGCGGCAGAUCAGAAGCGUUUCAACAUGAUUGUGAACGCAUAUGAGCGCAAACUCUACAAGAAAGGCCUCAAGUGGGUCGACCAGCUCAUCAAGAAGUAUCACGACUAUGCUGACGCCAUCUCGAUGCGCGGUUUGAUCAUCCACUGCAUGGGCAAAAAGGAGGAGGGUUACACGGCCGCAAAGGGUGCCUUGAAGAUUGGUCUCAGCUCGCACAUUUGCUGGCACGUUCUCGGCCUGAUGCAUCGCUCGGACAAGAACUACGUCGAAGCGAUGAAGUGCUACAAGAUGGCGCUGCGUCUUUCGCCCGAGAACCAGCAGAUUCUGCGUGAUUUGUGCUUGCUACAGACGCAUAUUCGUGAUCUUGAUGGCUUGAAGGCCACCCGUCACAUCAUCCUUGCUAGCAAACCGUCGCAGCGCGUCUCGUGGGUCGGCCUCGCCAUUGCCUACCACCUUCUUGGCAAGCACGAUGUCGCUGUGCAAACUCUGCAGGCAUACGAAGACAACGACAAGCCCGCUUCGACCGACGUCACCACAUACGAUCGCGACGGCUGGCCAAAGGCGCUCGACUUUGAGAAGAGUGAAAUGCUCAUGUACAAGGUCCAGUUGCUCGAGGAGGGUGGUCGCAUUCCCGAAGCCAUUGCUUGCCUCGACAAGAACAAGGCACUAAUCUCCGACCUGCGAGCAUGGAAGGAGCAGCGCGGUGCGCUUCUGCUCAAGCAAGGCAACCGAGCGGAGGCUGAGGACAUCUUCCGCGGGCUGUUUGACGAAAACCCCAACAACCGCAACUAUUUGACAACCCUCGAGUCCUGCGUUGACCCUGCGGGCGUCCAGACCGGAGCACCGCUGGACGAGUCGACCGAGCUUCGACGCCUGGCCUUCUACGAUGAGCUUGCCGCCAAGUAUCCCCGCUCGAACAUUCUGCAGCGAUUGCAGCUCAACUUUGCCACUGGCGACCGUUUCCAGAGCCGCGUUGACGCGUACUUGCAACGUCGCAUCCGCAAGGGUGUCCCGACCCUGUUCACUGACAUUCGCUCCUUGUACGCCGACCCUGCCAAGGUCGCCGUGUUUGACAAGCUGAUUCCUGCCUAUGUCGCAUCGUUGACAGCUUCGCAGACCUUCCCCGGCUCUAGCGCCAAGGAGACCUCCGACGUUGUUUUGUGGGCCAAGUUCCUCGCUGCCAUGCACGACGACAAGCUCGGCCGCACCGAAAGCGCGCUCAAGCACCUUGAGGAUGGCAUUGCACACACCCCGACUCUCAUUGAGCUGUACACGGCAAAGGGCCGCGUGCUCAAGCAUGCUGGCGACUACCCAGCAGCUGCCCUCGCUCUCGAGACGGCGCGCGACCUCGACACCGCCGACCGCUACCUCAACGGCAAGUGCGCCAAGUACCAACUUCGCGCUGGGCGCAUCACUGACGCGAGCGCCACGGUCAAGUUCUUCCUCAAGGAAAACGAAGAGCCUGUCGAAAAGCUCGCUGAAAUGCAGUGCAUGUGGUUUGAGACGGAGCGUGGCAAGGCAUUCGCCCAGCAAGGCGAUAUCGGUCGUGCCCUCAAGCAGUUCUACCUGGUGGACAAGCAGUACAAUGACAUUCAUGAAGAUCAGUUUGACUUCCACUCUUACUGCUUGCGCAAGAUGACGUUGCGGUCGUACAUCAAGUUGAUUCGUUAUGAGGAUACUGUUCGUGGCCACAAGUUCUUCUUCCGCGCUGCAACCGAGGCCAUUCGCUUGUAUCUUGCCUUGCAUGACAAGCCGCUGAAUGCUGCCGCCGAAGCUGUUCUUGGCGACUCUGCCGAAGACAAGGAACGCAAGAAGGCUCUGAGCAAACAGCGCCGUGCUCAGCAAAAAGCACAAGCAGCUGCGCCCACAGAAAAGCCCGCCUCCAAAGAUGCGUCGGGCAAGGACAAGAAGGAGGACAAGGAUGCCGAUGGUGCCUCGUACCUGCAGUCCACAACCCUGCUGGAAGAUGUCAUGACUUUCGUACGACCACUUCAGCAACACGCUACCCAGCACAUUGAGACUCAUUUGUUGGCCUUUGAGGUCUAUUUCCGCAAGAACAAGCCACUGUUGAUGCUUCAAUCGCUCAAGCGUGCCCAGCGCAUCGAUGCCAACAAUGCCGAUUUGCACAAGGCUAUUGUGCAGUUUGCGCUUCGAGUUGCUGCCAACGGCGCAACCUACCAACCAACCGUCAGCACUGUCAUCAACCAGGCCCUGCCCGAGCUUUUGAACAAGCAGACUCCCAAGCAGUUUGUUGAGGCCUACAAGCCCGCCACAUUGCUUCAGGUUCUUCGAAACGCUGAGGCUCGUUUGUUGGUUGACCCCGCAUCCAAGUCACAGGCAAUCAAGUUGGUCGUCGAUGCAGCCAGCAAGGCGAGCGACGCAACCAUCGAGACCUUCUCGACUGUUCAGAAUGCACUUGCAACGACCUUUGGCGACAAGGCAUCAGCUACCGUCGUGGCUGACCUGGCGCGAAAGCAAUACCCCCGCGCAACACUGUGGAAGUAA